ACGGGCAGACGGUUCAAAAAGUGUGAGUGCGGUGUCGCGGACGGACGUCGUUUCGGUCCAUAGGUGCAUCGGUGUUACACCGUGUUGUUUACUGCGGAUCGCGCCGGCCUUUGUAAAAUUUUUUCCGACUGUCUGUGAGUGCGACGCUGGGUACGACUGGGACGAUGAGGGCUGCGCUCGUGAUGCUGAUCGUGGCCGCCGUGGUUUUCAGUGGCGAGGCCAAGAGGAAAAGGAAGUUCGAGGGCGACUUCGAGUUCGCCGAAGAGGACGACAGUAAAUCUACAAAAGCUGGCGAGAAGAAGCGAUGGAUACACGAUCCUUCAAGUGACCUUUGCAGACCACUGAGCUGCAAGAAAAAAGAGAUCUGCCUGCUGGAGGAUACUUUCACGGCGGUCUGCGUAUCGCGAAAGGAACUCAAAAAGAACGGCGACAUCGUGAUACCGAAGCCGGUGGCGAAGACGGAAGAACCGAAAGACGAGGAGGAAGAUGACGAUGUGUUUUACGACACGGAAGACGAUCCUGAAGAAGAGGCCGGAGAUGAUGAAGGGUUAUGUAAGCCUUGCCCGGUCGUAAAGCCGACGUUCCUGUGUGGCUCGGACAACAGGACGUACAGCUCUCUCUGUCGCCUGGACUACCACAAUUGUAUCCACCGCACGUCGAUAAAGGUUGGAUGCAAGGGAUUCUGUCCGUGUAAAGAGAACGAGGCGCACCUCAGGAAAAAGCAGCGACAGUCUGAGAGAUUGAACUCGUUCAUGAAUAAAUAUAAAGCCACUUUGGAUAAAAGCGGAACGGCGGUGGGUUCCAUUAAUGGCGCGAAACCGGCCCAGCCUCCGUCCCUUAAAUCCGACGUGUACACCUUCACCCCGCAGGACUUCAAGUACGAGAACAAACACUACAAGUACAUCAAGUAUACCAAGUACAAUAAGGACAAUAACAACAUCCUGUACACGGACGACAAAGAGCGUCUUCGGGGCUACAAUGAAGUUACCGACAAUAAAAUUUACAAUAACCCAAUCGGAUCGUUUGACCCGACCAUUCCAGCGUCUAAACAAUGUUCACCAGUCGCCCUGCAGGCCAUGGGCAACCGUCUGCUCGAUUGGUUCUCCGUCGUCAUGCAGGACUCGUCCAACCGAAGAAGGCCCAGAAACAAAUCAAAAGCCCAUUUCCCUCCAGCUUGCAAGACGGAAGUCAGGUGGAUGUUCCAACACUUGGACAACAAUGGUGAUUCGAGACUGUCUUUGGAGGAACUGUACGAUUUGGAACACGACCAGAGCGAGGUGUGUCUCAAACCCUUCUUGCAACAGUGCGACGUGGACAGAGACGUGGUGGUCACACCUUCCGAAUGGUGCAGAUGCUUCCAGAGGACGGAGAGACCUUGCGCAGCAGUCAAACGCAAAAUCACUCCAGAUCUCUUAGGAGUUUACGUGCCGGAUUGCGACAGCCAAGGAUACUACAAACCCGUACAAUGCCACAACGCAAUAGGAAUGUGUUGGUGCGUGGACAAACAUGGAGUCGAGUUUGCCAACACGCGCACUCAUUCCAAACCAAAUUGCGAAUCCAUAAUCAACACAGCGAACGAAAUCUCUAAACAGACGGCGGUGCAGACAAACAACAAUUUGGCAGAGUCGAGUGAUGACGAAGAUGGUGAUGAUGUGAGCCAGGAUAUCGAGGGUAGCGCAGAUCACCAAGAUGAUUAUUAACUAGUUGAAGCCCCAUUCGAAAACUAGUAUAUUGCCUGUUACUUUAACUUACUUUAUAUGGCUUUCAUAUUUUUUAUAUUAAAUAAAAACUUCCUGAUGUUAGAGUCUGUGUAAUAUAAUAUAUUUCAUUUUUAUAUACCUCAAAUUAUGGGUAUAAAGUGUAGUAGGCAAUAUCGUUUUAUUUUUUAAAUAAAUGCUUUACAUUUAAGAUACUUACAUUCCACAGUUGCCAUUACCUUAAUUUUAACUUUUAUACAUGAUACUGUUUUAGUUGUGUUUCUUAAAGUUUAUUAUUGUAUAUAAUUCAUUUUUAUAUUUCUUUUAGUAUUUUUAAAUCAAAAUUGUGUCAUUAAGCAACAUCAAUCUAACACUUCACACAAUAGUUUGUGUUGAUUGCUGAGGUUUAAAAGCAUAAAAACUUUAAUUAAGUGAUGCAAUAUUUAGUUGUAUAAUUUCAUUUAGUACUUGAUUUAAUGCUGAUUGGAUUUAGGUAGAAAUAGUACUUACAAUGCCACAUGCUUCAUGUUCGUGCCGUCUUUAAAACAUAAUAUUAUGCAUUUAUGUACUAGAUAUAUUGAAAUAAUUGUUAAAUUAGAAAUUAUUUAUGUGAUUUUUGAUGUCCAGUUUAAUAAGUUAGAUAAUAUACAAAAUAUUAUUUUUAAUAGUUGUAGAAGAAAAUUAUAUUCAAAGAAUGUAUUCGUUUAUAUGUUAAAAAAACCAAAUAGUGCUGUGUACAUAAGAAAGGUACUAUUUACAUAGAACUGGCAUUUGAUAUGCAGAUAUACAGUUUCAGUUACAGAUCAUUUUUUGUAAGUGCUGAACUUUGGUUUAGCAAAUAUGUAAUCGUAAACUUGUAAUAAAAAACAUACGUCAUAUGCACUCAUACACAUUCAUAUGUAUUUAUUGUAUGUUUUUAACAUAUUUAAUAAAACUUAGACCUCUUAA